CUGCGAUUAUUCAUGAUGAUCAAGAUUCUCCGGUUUCUCCAGUUUCUGUUCUCUACCCUUGUUCGACACAGUCGCAGCACUGACUAUCGCAAUGGAUGCUUUUGAAUACAACGCAAACCCGGGACGGGUUGUCUUUGGCAGCGGCACCAUUCACAAGCUCCCUGAGGAGAUCGCCCGUCUGAACAAGAAAGCUCCCCUGAUUCUAUCGACUCCGCGGCAAGUCGUCCGCGCGGAGAACCUGAAAGCCGUCCUGAACGGCCAGGUUGCGGGCAUCUUCACUGAAGCGACCAUGCACACCCCAACGCAUGUUACAGACAGGGCUGUGGAAUAUGCAAAGGCCCAGAAUGCCGAUGUCGUGGUUUCCAUCGGCGGUGGGAGCACUAUUGGUCUCGGAAAGGCAAUCAGCGUUCGCACGGGUCUCCCUCACAUCUGUAUCCCAACAACCUAUGCGGGAAGCGAAAUGACCCCGAUUCUGGGCGAAACGGCGGAUGGCGUGAAGAAGACUCGUUCAGACCCGACGAUUCUCCCGGGAACCGUCAUCUACGAUGUCGAGCUGACCAUGUCGUUGCCUGCUGCCACGAGCGCGACAAGUGGAAUCAAUGCGAUUGCCCAUGCUGUCGAGGCUCUGUACGCGCGCAACACCAACCCCCUCAUCAACCUCAUGGCGCUAGAGGGGACUCGCGCGCUGGCCGCUGCACUCCCAGAGAUCGUCGACGAUCCGUCCUCGCACUCGGCACGCUCCCUGGCCCUGUACGGCGCCUGGCUUUGUGGAACCUGUCUCGGGAGCGUGGGCAUGUCCAUCCACCAUAAGCUGUGCCACACUCUUGGGGGCAGCUUCAACCUCCCCCACGCUGAAACACACACGGCCGUCUUGCCCCAUGCGAUCUCCUACAAUGCGCCGAGGAUCCCCGAGGCCAUGAAGAAACUAGCGGAUGUGUUUCCCGAGAGCAACGGAGAUGCGAUUCACGGGCUGAACGUUCUGCUUUCCAAGUUGAAGGUUAAGACGGGUCUCAAGGACUGGGGAAUGAAGGAAGAGGAUAUUGACAAGGCUGCUGAUAUUGCUGUUGGCAACCCUUACUGGAAUCCUCGAGAGAUUGAGCGCACGCCAAUCCGUGAGUUGAUUCGUAGGGUAUGGGCUGGUGAGCCAGCGAGGGCUGACUUGUAACGACACUUUGGUAUGUGUAUAUACAUAUAUAUAUAUAUAUAUAGGACGAGGACCUUUUUCUUUUUUUUUUCUAAUAUUCUUUAAACCUCCUGCUACGAAAUGAAUAUC